AUGCCCUCCUGCAACAAUUCCAUUCCUCAGCCCUUGGUAUUUGUCCUGGCUGGAAUUCCUGGCCUGGAAUCUUCCCAUGGCUGGUUCUCGGUGCCUUUUUUUUUGGGAUUUGUCAUUACAGUCAUUGGGAAUUCCACCAUCUUAUGCAUCAUCUGGGUAGAGAAGAGCCUUCAUGAGCCCAUGUUUCUCCUGCUGGCCUUGCUGUCAAUUGUUGACCUGUCCCUGGUUAGCGUCACUGUGCCCCGCAUGCUGGGUAUCUUCUGGAUGAAUGCCAAAGAAAUUAGCUUCAACGCCUGCCUUACACAGAUGUUUUUCAUCCCUUCCUUUUAUGUCAUGGAGUCUGGGAUCCUCCUGGCCAUGGCUUUUGACAGAUUUGUGGCAAUCUGGCAUCCUCUGAGAUAUGCAACCAUCCUUGCCAACACCAUGCUUGCGAAGAUGGCACUGGCUGUCCUGGCAAGAGCGGUGACCGUGCUCACCCCAGCACCCAUCCUGGUGAAAAGACUGGAAAGCUUCCAAACUCACAUCAUUGCUUACUCUUACUGUGCCUACAUGGCCGUAGUGCAGAUAGCCUGCGGAGACAUCUCUAACCACAUUGUCUAUGGCCUCAUGGUCAUUGUAGCAUCUGUGGGGUUUGAUCUGUUUUUUAUCAUUCUGUCCUAUGGGCUGAUUCUUGGUGCUGUCUUUCAGAUACCCUCUUGGGAAGCACGGGGCAAAGCUUUCAGCACAUGUGGCUCUCAUCUUUGCGUUAUUGCUCUCUUUUAUUCUCCUGUGGUCUUCUCUGUCCUGGCCCAGAUUUUAGGCUACCAUAUGGCUCCCCAUCUACAGAUUAUCAUUGAUAAUCUCUACUUCCUUGUGCCUCCAAUGGUCAACCCCUUGAUUUAUGGGGCCCGGACCAAACAAAUGCGGAAGUGGGUGCUGCGGAUCCUCCACUGUCACGGAGAAUGA